AUGUCUAUCCAAACGCAGGACUCUCAAGAGACUCUUAAGUCUCUUUCUUUGAUUGCCGCACACUCGCACAUUUCUGGAUUGGGUUUGGAUGAAAACUUGCAACCAAAGCCUUCUUCCCAAGGUAUGGUUGGCCAACUACAAGCUCGUAGAGCUGCUGGUGUCAUUUUAAAGAUGGUUCAAAAUGGUACCAUUGCAGGUAGAGCUGUCUUAGUUGCUGGUCCACCAUCCACUGGUAAAACUGCAUUAGCUAUGGGUCUUUCACAAUCAUUGGGGAAGGAUGUUCCAUUCACUGCCAUUGCAGGUUCAGAAAUAUUCUCUUUAGAGCUUUCAAAGACCGAGGCUUUGACCCAAGCCUUCCGUAAGUCCAUUGGUAUCAAAAUCAAGGAAGAAACAGAAUUAAUCGAGGGUGAAGUUGUGGAAAUUCAAAUUGACAGAUCUAUUACCGGUGGCCACAAGCAAGGUAAGUUAACUAUCAAAACUACAGACAUGGAGACCAUUUACGAAUUGGGUAAUAAAAUGAUUGAAGGUUUGACUAAGGAAAAGGUUCUAGCGGGUGAUGUUAUUUCUAUCGAUAAAGCAAGUGGUAAAAUCACCAAGCUUGGAAGAUCCUUCGCUCGUUCUCGUGAUUACGAUGCCAUGGGGGCCGAUACUAAAUUUGUUCAGUGUCCAGAAGGUGAGCUACAAAAGAGGAAGACAGUUGUUCAUACUGUAUCAUUACAUGAAAUUGAUGUGAUAAACUCUCGUACCCAAGGUUUCCUAGCUCUAUUUACCGGUGACACUGGUGAGAUCAGAUCAGAGGUUCGUGACCAAAUCAACACCAAGGUUGCUGAAUGGAAGGAAGAAGGAAAAGCAGAAAUUGUUCCAGGUGUUCUAUUCAUUGAUGAGGUCCACAUGCUUGAUAUCGAAUGUUUCUCCUUUAUCAACCGUGCCCUAGAAGAUGAAUUUGCACCUAUAGUGAUAAUGGCAACUAACCGUGGUAUCUCCAAGACCCGUGGAACAAACUACAAGUCUCCUCAUGGUUUACCACUAGAUCUUUUGGAUAGAACGAUCAUAAUAACUACUCAGAACUACGAUAAGAGUGAAAUAAAAACCAUCUUGACUAUCAGAAGUACAGAAGAAGAAGUGGAAUUGACCCCUGAAGCUCUGGAUCUACUCACAAACAUUGGUACUGAAACAUCACUCCGUUACAGUAGCAAUUUGAUCAGUGUUUCUCAACAAAUAGCUCAGAAGAGAAAAUCAAACGUUGUUGACGUUGUUGAUGUUGAACGUGCUUACCUAUUGUUCUUAGAUAGUUCUCGUUCCGUCAAGUUUGUACAAGAAUUUGAAUCUCAGUACAUUGACAACCAAGGCCAGGUGAAUAUCAGCAUUGGUAAAAGCGAAGACGCUAUGGACACUAGCGCUUAA